AUGGUUGGGACUGGAGUUUGGAGUGUGCUUUUAUGCUAUUCUUUGAUUUGGCUCAGACCUGAAAAGACAGCACUGCUGCUUGGUAUUCGUGGCAGCCUCGCGCACGGCUUCGAGAUUACAACUCGACUCGGAGAUGUUCUCAUGAGAAUGUACGGGGACAAGCAAGCCGAGGCCAAAUUACCUCCUCUCAUUCCAUCUGGGGAAGAAAACUUGUAUGAUAUCUGA